AUGACUAAAAGUAACGGAGAAGAUCCAAGAUCUGGAAAUAGGAUGGAGCGCUUUCAGCAAGGAGUACGGAAACGUACACUCCUGGCAAAAAAGAAGGUGCAGAGCAUAACUAAGGAUGAUGUUAAAGGUUACCUAGUGAGGAAUGCCUUUGUGCUCUUCACCGUCACUGGUGUCAUUGUUGGCAUAAUCCUUGGAUUUUGUCUCCGACCAUACAAAAUGACCUACCGGGAAGUCAAGUACUUUUCCUUUCCAGGAGAACUACUGAUGAGAAUGUUGCAGAUGUUGGUCCUACCACUCAUCGUAUCCAGUUUAGUUACAGGAACGGCUGCCCUGGAUAAUAAAGCAUCAGGGAAGAUGGGAAUGCGAGCAAUAGUCUACUACAUGAGUACUACUAUCAUUGCUGUAAUUAUUGGUAUAAUCAUUGUGGUCAUCAUCCACCCUGGGAAAGGUACAAAGGAAAAUAUGCACAGAGAAGGCAAAAUUAUGAAAGUGACAGCAGCAGAUGCCUUUCUUGAUUUAAUCAGAAACAUGUUCCCUCCAAACUUGGUGGAAGCCUGCUUUAAACAGUUCAAAACGAACUAUGACAAGAGAAUGUUUAGAGUAGCAAUUCCACCCAAUGAAACAUCCGUUGUGGCUUCCGUAAUAAACAAUGUAUCAGAGGCAAUGGAAACCCUAACUCGAAUGAAGGAGGAGGUGAUCCCUGUUCCAGGUGCCGUCAAUGGAGUGAAUGCAUUGGGACUGGUGGUCUUCUCAAUAAGCUUCGGAUUGGUGAUUGGGAACAUGAAGGAGCAAGGGCAGCCAUUAAGACACUUCUUUGAUAGCCUUAAUGAAGCUAUCAUGAGAUUGGUAGCUCUAAUCAUGUGGUAUGCCCCACUUGGUAUCAUGUUCUUGAUUGCUGGGAAAAUUGUUGAGAUGGAAGAUAUGGGUGUGAUUGGUGGACAGCUUGCCAUGUACACUGUAACAGUUAUCAUUGGUUUGCUCAUUCAUGCUAUUAUUGUUCUACCACUACUCUACUUCCUGGUUGUUCGUAAGAACCCUUGGGUAUUUAUUGGAGGACUUCUGCAGGCACUGAUCACAGCUUUGGGAACAUCUUCAAGUUCUGCCACCCUACCCAUAACAUUUAAAUGUCUGGAAGAGAAUAAUGGAGUGGACAAGCGUAUUACAAGAUUUGUGCUCCCAGUGGGUGCUACAAUUAACAUGGAUGGGACUGCUUUAUAUGAGGCUUUGGCUGCAAUUUUCAUCGCACAGGUUAACAACUUUGAACUGAAUUUUGGGCAGAUUAUCACAAUCAGCAUCACAGCUACAGCUGCCAGUAUUGGCGCUGCAGGAAUUCCUCAGGCUGGACUGGUCACCAUGGUCAUUGUGUUGACAUCUGUUGGUUUGCCUACAGAGGACAUCACUCUUAUCAUUGCAGUGGACUGGUUCUUGGACCGUCUCCGUACCACUACAAAUGUCUUGGGUGACUCCAUUGGUGCAGGGAUUGUUGAACAUUUGUCACGGAAUGAGCUGAAGAGCAGGGAUGCUGAGAUGGGUAAUUCUGUGAUAGAGGAAAAUGAAAUGAAAAAACCAUACCAAUUGAUCUCACAGGAAAAUGAGAGCGGAAAACCAUUAGACAGUGAAACCAAGAUGUAG